AUGAAAACCUUUUUUUGUAACCGAACCGUAGAUAAAGGGGAGAUGAAACGUCUUAUUAAAUGGGUUCUUUUGAAUUAUGGAACUGAAAAGACAACUCGUUUAAUUGAUAAAUUAAAAACAAUGGGAUUUCAUUAUGCCACGCAUGCUGGGAUUUCAUUAGGAAUUGAUGAUUUAUCUAUCCCACCGAUUAAAUCAGCCUUUUUACUUAAUGCUGAAAAUGAUAUUUAUGAAAAUGAUUUACGUCUAAAACGUGGUCAAAUUACCUCUGUGCAACGUCUUGAGAAAGCACUUGAUAUUUGGAAUACGACAAACGAUACUUUAAAAACUGAAGUGGUAAAAUAUUUCCGUUCAACAGAUAUCUUUAAUCCAGUUUAUAUGAUGGCUUUCUCAGGAGCUCGAGGUAAUAUUUCUCAGGUACGUCAAUUAGUUGGAAUGCGAGGCUUAAUGGCUGACCCACAAGGUCAGAUUUUAGAUUUUCCAAUUCGUCGAAAUUUUCGUGAGGGCCUUACAGUUACGGAGUAUAUGAUUUCUUGUUAUGGUGCACGUAAAGGUUUAGUAGAUACUGCUUUACGUACUGCAAGUUCAGGAUAUUUAACACGCCGAUUGGUUGAUGUAGCACAAAGUGUUAUUAUUCAACAAGUUGACUGCCAAACUACUCAAGGAUUACGAAUUGUACCGGAGUUAGAAAAGAUUGAAUCCCAAUUAAUUGGCCGCGUACUUUUUGAAGAUGUCGUAGAUUUGGAAACGGGUCGUAUGGUUGGUUAUAAAAACCAGGAUAUUUCUCCGGCUCUAGCUCUAAAACUUAUUAAACAACCUGCUUUAACAAUCCGAUCACCUUUAACGUGUAGAUUUCAUGCUGUUUGCCAACUUUGUUACGGGUGGAAUUUAGCACAACAAAAAUUAGUUCAAUUAGGUGAGGCUGUUGGAGUAUUAGCUGCUCAAUCCAUUGGUGAACCAGGUACCCAAUUAACAAUGCGUACUUUCCACACGGGUGGUGUAUUUGCGGGUGAAGCGACAGAAAAAGUUUAUUCACCACAUAAUGGAAUUGUUUUUUAUAGUAAACAAGCCCGUGGUCGUAAAAUUGUUUCCAAAUAUGGGGAAGUUGCAUUUUUAACUUUUGAGCCUCUUAAGGUGAAAAUUAAAAAUGAUAAUACAACCUCUGUAUUAGAAUUCCCAUCUUUUACAUUGUUAUAUAUUCCACCGGGACAAACAGUGGGUGAACACCAAAGUUUAGCUGAACUUUCACGAAUUGAAAACAAACAGAAUUUCCAACAAUUUGAGGUAGGGACUGAGAAUGUUCAGAAGGAAUUUAUGUCGAAUUGUUCAGGGCAAAUUUUCUUACCUCAACGACAAAAUGCUUUAAUUAAUGAAGACAAUGCCGGUACAACUACUUUUAAUUAUUCAGAAAUGUGGUUAUUAGCAGGUAAGAUUCUUGAUUCAAAAACGUUAGUUCCAGGAGAUCAGAUUAAGAAUGCUCUGUACCCAAUCCGUUCUAAAAUCAAUUGUGAACCGAGUCGACUUACUACCACGUUACCGCUUGGUUAUGUAUUUCCGAUUGAUUCGAAUCAAACGUCCCUUUCCAAGUUGCAGUCUACUGAUGCUGAAACUUUAAAGCAACUUCCAUUGUUACAAUUUUCUAAAUUGUCUGCUGAUAAUUUAAAAUUUGCCCGUAGCUAUGCUUUGGAACUUAAUAAAACAUUAUUUCAUUGUGACAGUUUGUCGAAAUAUAGAUUUAUUACUUCCGAUUUAGAACAUUUACCGUUUAAAUCAAAAAACUUAUUCUUUAAUCAAGAUACGCCAACGAAAAAAGUUCCAACGUUUAAAAUUAAGUUUUCUCGUUUUGGUAAGGCUGAUAAAUUUAAUGCAAAAGAGAAAUUUUUAUUAUUGCGCUCAGUAACUAAAUUAGUAUCUACUCAAACUAAUCCGUUAAAAACACAAUUUGCAAAUAACUUAUUUGUACAGAAUUCAAUUAAUAAGAAUAAAAAAACUUUUCUUGAAGUUGUAAAACCUCUUAAAACUUUCCAGAAAAAGACAAAUUUUUUCCCUUCGCCGACGCAUGAAAACAUUAAAAGUUUUAACCCGUCUUUACAAAACGGAAAUUUAAUGUCGGUUGACGCAGAUUAUGUUCGUCUGAACGUUCAAUACGGAAAAGGAUUCAGUUCACUUUUAAAUUGUGGCGAAGUUCGUGCAACAAAUUGCAUGAUGACAGAGAAAGAUCAAAUUGCUUUUAAAUCGCCUGUUUGUGAUUUAAAAAUGAAGGUAGGUGAUUAUGCCCGUGUAGAGGAUCAAUUAACAACAAGUACUCGUAUCCCACUGUCGGGACAAAUUAAUUUUAUUACUGCAGAAAAUGUACUUUUCCGUUCUGUACAACCGUAUUUAUUAGUUCCAGGUUCAAAUGUAGUAGUAAAACAUGGUAGUUUGGUACAAGAAAAUAGUGUUCUUGGUACAUUAAUGACGUCACAAUCUACUGCUGGUGAUAUUGUGCAAGGUUUACCGAAAGUUGAUGAGUUACUUGAAGCACGUGAGCCUCAACAUAAAGUUCUCACGAGUAUGCACGCUAAACUUUCUACUUUAUUUUCCCAAUACGGGAAAAUUUAUGGUUUACGUGAAGGGUGUGAAUUAAGUUUCCAGAAAAUCCGACAAUUUUUAGUACAAGAAGUUCAAGAUGUAUAUCAGUCGCAAGGUGUAUAUAUCGGUGACAAACACGUAGAAAUUAUUGUGCGUCAAAUGACAACGCAUGUUGUUGUUGUAGACGCUGGAAAAACAGGGUUGUUACCUGGUGAUAUCGUAGAUAUUCGCCGAAUUGAACAAUUGGAACAUACGGGAUUUUUUGCGGGGGUGAAAUAUCGUCCAAUGUUGUUAGGAAUUACACGUGCUGCAUUAAUGGCCGAGAGUUUUAUUUCAGCCGCUAGUUUCCAAGAAACAAAGCGUGUACUUUCAAAAGCUGCAUUAGAGGGGCAGAUUGACUGGUUGACUGGUUUAAAAGAAAACGUGAUUUUAGGUCGUUUAAUCCCAGCCGGAACAGGUUUAUAUUAA